AUGGCAGAUAAUAACAAAAAAUUAGCAGUCAGUAUUUUACAAUUCUUAAAAGAAUCAACUACAAACGAUUCAGAUAGUGCUGAAAGUAUUCAAGUUGCUGUUGAAUGUAUCAGAGAUGUUUUUGGCGUCGAUGAAAAGGAUACCUCAUUACAAGUUUCAACUCCAUUAUCCACAAUUUUUGAAAAUUACUUAAAUAACAAUACUUCAGCUUCCACCACCAGCACUACUACCACCACCACUAAAAAAUCAAAAGAAGAAUUACUUGAAAAAGCCUACUCUGAAAUCCCAGCAGAACUCUUAGAUUCAUUCAAACAAUUUAUAAAUAUAAUUGAACAAAAAGGUGCCUUUAAUAACCCAGAUCAAAUUGAACCAGUUUUAAAUGCAUCAAAACAAAAAUUCAUUGAAAGUAAAAAGAACGAAAUUAAAGCAAUUGCAGAAAAAAUUAAAGUUGAAGGUAAUAAUAAAUUAAAUGAAGGUGAUACUAAAGGUGCUCUCGAAUGUUACAAUAAAGCCAUUCUUUAUGACGAUUCAAAUGCAAUUUAUUUUGCCAACAGAGGUGCAACCUACGCCACAUUAAAGAUGUACAACGAAGCUAUUUCAGAUUGUAAAGAAGCCAUCAAAAGAAAUCCAAAGUAUGGUAAAGCUUAUAAUAGAAUGGGUUCAGCCUAUGCUUCAUUAGGUAGUUAUGAAGAAGCCAUCGAUGCCUAUCAAAAAGCUGUCGAUAUUGAACCAAACAAUGAAACCUUCAAAGCAUCUUUAUCUGCUGCCCAAAAAUUCGCUCAAAAUGGUGAAGAAGAAGAUAAUGGUAUGGGUGGUUUAGGAAAUAUUCCAGGUAUGCCAGAUCUCAGUGGUAUCGACAUUAACGGUUUAAUGAGCAAUCCAAUGAUUAGAAAUAUGGCCAAUCAAUUCAUGCAAAACCCACAAAUGGCUGAAUCAUUAAAGAAUGGUGACAUUGGUAGCAUGUUAAACAAUCCAGAAGUUUUAAAUAUGAUGAAGAUGUUUGGUAAAAAAUAAAGAAAUUACUCCAAAAAGAUAAUAAAUAUAUAAACUUUUUACCAAAAUAAAAAAACCUUAAAAAAAUAUAAUAAAAUACAUAAACUAAAAAAAAAACUAAAAAAUUUCAAAAAAUU